AUGAGUGAUAAUAUCGACAAUCAGAAAUCUCUGCUUAUUUGGCUCGAUGACUCUAAUAGUGAUUCACAAGAAAAUGUUAUCGUUCGACAAGAGUUGUGUCUUCUCAAUAGUAAUUUUAAAAUGUUCCAAACUAAAAACGAAUGUGAAGAAUAUAUAAAAUCUCAAUCUGCAGAUGUUCAUAUUACAUUAAUCGUUAAUGGUAGAUUAGGUCAUCAAUUAGUACCUAAUAUUCAUGAUCUACCACAAAUUAUUGCCAUUUAUGUAUAUUGUAUGAAUCAAGAAGAACACAAGAAAUGGGCCUUAAAUUUUGCUAAGGUCAAAGGUGUUUUGGCAGAUUUUAAUGACCUUAGAAGAAAUCUUCAACCAAGCCAUACUGAUACAUGUCACUAUUCAAUAGUCAGUGAAUUACCUACAACUGAUACUACAAAAACAGUAAUUACACAAAUUGAAUCAACAUAUGAAUUAGAUGAUUCAUAUUUUAUAUCUGACACUUGUUUCGAUUGUUUUGUUCGAAUGAAAAUGGAUUUGACAGAAAAAGACGAUUUUGUUUCUUUAUGCCAGGAUGCAUUACAAAGAAGUGAAAAUUUAUUACCAAUUCUUCGGGAAUUUCAAGAAGGUUACGAUCCCAAUCAAGCAAUAUUCUGGCUUUAUAGACAUCCAUUUUUUCAUGUAUUCAUAGAUAAUAUGUUCAAACUUGCACAUAUAGAUUCGAUGUUACCAUGCCGAUUUUUUAUACAUGAUAUUCACAAACAAUUUGAACAACAUAAAUGUACUUCAACUAUUGAAGUAUAUAAAAGUGAAAUAAUAUCCAAAGAAAAGUUUCAAAAAUUAAACAGUUUUAAUGGAAAAAUUAUUGCAAUGAAAUCUUUUUUUUUGGGAAGUACGGAUCGUAAUACAGCACUUUUAUAUAUGCCGGAUAUAAGUUCAUCUAAUGAAUAUCAACGCAUUUUAUUCAUAAUUGAAGCUAAUCCACAAAUUGAAAAUGUUAAACUAUUUGCUAAAAUUAGUUCAUUAACUAAGAAAGAAGAUCCAAAUGAUGUACUCUUUAUGAUUGGAUCUCUUUUUAAAAUUACUGAAAUUCAAAAUGAGCAAGAUGGUGUAAUAAAUAUUAAAAUGUCAUUAUGUGGAAAUGAUACUGAGAAUCCAAUGAAAGCAUUAUUUGAUCAAGUUAAGCUUAAAUAUAUGAAUGAUAAUCGAGAACUAGAUGCUAUCGAUUUUGGUCAAAUACUUUUUGAGAUUGGUCAUUCAUUACGUCAUGAAAAUAUCUCCGAUAGAGGUGAAAAAUAUAUUGUCUCGUAUGCUGAGAAAUUACCAAAUGAUCAUCCAGAUCGUCUUCGCUGUUACGAUGCAUUAGGAAAUCUGAAUUUACAGAAAGGCAAUUUGGAGUCACGUCUCAAUUGGUUAGAAAAAUCAUUCAAUAUAAAAAAAGAAAGAUUACAGCCAAAUGAUCCAAAUCUAAUUGACAGCUAUCAAAAUCUGGCAUUAGGUUAUUUACAUAAAAAAGAUUUUACACAAGCGCUCGAUUAUUUCACGCAACUUUUAGGACUAUUAAAGCAAUUAUAUGGUGAUGAUCACACUUGUCUUACGUUUUGUUAUAAUUAUAUGGCUAAUAUUUAUGAAAAUGAACAAAGAUUCUUGGAAGCAAUUUCAUGUUAUUAUCAAUCUUUAUCUAUUAUGACAAAAAAUAAUGUCGAUGAUAUACCUAGUUUUGCUGCGAUAUACAAUAAUCUUGGUAAAGUAUAUACUUGUCUGGAAUAUCAUCAUCUUGCAUUAGGAUUUUACAAAACGUCACUUGAAAUGAAAUUGAAAUAUCUUCAAUCUGUACAUCCAUCAAUAGCAAUAACAUACCAAAAUAUUGGGCUCGUUUAUGAAUGUAUGAAUGAUAUUCAACAGGCACGAGAAAAUCUCGAAAAAGCAGUGAAUAUUUAUCGUCAAUCAUCAAACAUCGAACAAUCAUGUAUUACAGAAAUUGAAGAAAUUAUUCGAAAUUUACCAACUUCGCCUACAUAA